AUGUCCAGCCACACGACCCCAUCGCCGAGCACGAUGCAUCACCUCGCGCGCCGCGGCUCGCGGCUCGGCCUCGACGCGCUCAAACGCGGCGCGCGCGUCGCGGACGGCCCGUCGCUUCACCGUCGUCGCGGCGCGAGCGACCGAUCGCUCGGACGUCGCGCGUCGUCGCGCGCGACGGGCGCGGUCGCGGGACCGCCGCCCGCCGGGGCACCGUCCCCGCGCGGGCUCGCCGCGAACGCCGCGGCGGCGCGCGCGACCACCUCGGACGCGAGCGCGGUCACGAGCAAGCUUCGAUCGGGGCUGGACUACGAGAUCGCCAAAGGAUGCCCCAACUCCCCGGGGCGCGCGUUCGUCGACUUCGAGCACUUCCUGUGCGAGCACCUCGCGCGGCUCGCGCAGCAGAGCGACGCGCUGUCGCCGCAGCUCUGCGGCGCGCUGAGCGCGAUCCACGCGGAGGCGGCGACGUACGGCCGCAUGGACGGGCGCGCGCGCGACGCGCUGCUCAGAAGGCUCGGGUCCGCGUUGGUCCACGCGGAGCGCGCGGGCGAGCUGUCAACAACGACGACGAUCGUUCCGCCGCCGACGGCGACGGCGACGGCGACGCCGGCGCCGGCGCCGUGGCGCCCCCCCAGAGCGUCCACGCCGCCGCCCGCGGCGGACGUCGCGAGGACUCAGCGCGCGGACAGCGCGGCGCAGCGCCGCGCGCGGGAGCAGCCCACGAGCGGCGUCUACAAAUCGAAGUGGGGCGCGUCCUCCUCCUCCGCGGAGGCGGAAUCGGACGCGAAGAACGCGGACGCGAACGCGGCGGUCUCCCCGCUCACGUCGAGGCUCGAGGAAGCGCGCGCGAAGCGCGCCGCGCCGCUCUCGCCGCUCUCGCCGCCGCCUCCCGUCGCGGCCGCGACGAUGGAAGUCCCGAUCGUCAUCGUGUUCGACCUCGAGACGACUGGCUUGGCCAAGCUUAAGGACCGCAUAAUCGAGAUCGCGGCGUACGACCUCAACGACAAGACGCACGCGCCGAUGUCGACGCUCGUGAACCCGGGAAGGACGUACCUGACGGGGCAAAUCACGCGGCUGACCGGGAUCACGAACGCGAUGGUCUCGAACCCCGGGGUGCCGUCAUUCGUCCGCGCGGCGGAGCUUCUGGAAGAGUUUGUCGACGAGGCGCGUCGACGAGGCGGCGGCGCGAGCGUCAUCCUCGCCGCGCACAACGCGCGUCAGUUCGACGCCGGGUUCCUCAAGGCGGAGUACGACAGAAUUCAGCGGGAGUUUCCGGACGACUGGCGGUUCGUGGACACGCUCCCGAUCGCGCGGAAGCUGGUGCCGAAAACGGAGGUGUUUGGCUCGCACAAGAUGGAGGCGCUCGCGACGCGAUACGACGUGAAACCCGUCGACGGCGAGACCGCGCACAGGGCUGGCGCGGACGCGCGCGUCCUCGGCGAGAUCGUCGAGGCGAUGCUCGGCGUGAGCUUCGACGCCACCGCGGGGACGAGCGUGAGCGGCGUCGACGGCGGUGGCGAGCUCGGCGCCGCCGCGCGAAUGCUGGCGUCGCACUCGUUUUCGUUGGGCGACACGGGAAAAAACAACUUGCGGCGGAAAUCCUCCGAGGCUGCGGCGGCGGCUGCGGCUGCCGCGGCGAAGGCGCACGUCGCGUGGCCGUCGACGAACAACAUGGUCGGGACGUCGCCGAUCGCGACCGCGGACGGGUCGGACGUGGCGCGCGCGUCCGCGGUCGCGCAGGAGCUGGACGAGCUCGAGGCGCACGUCGACGGCGGCGACGACGACGACGCGUUCGAGAGCAAGAAACCACCCGCCAUGGCGGCGGCGAAGGACGACGCCGCGCGCGCGCGACCGGCGAGGAAGCCGUUCUGGCUCGCCGCGGACCCGAUCACCGGAUUCGUCCCGGAGACGAUGGAGUUCGCGAGAAUGGUGGAAGCGGGCGAGGCGGCGUCGAACGCGCCGAGGACGGAUGGCGUCUCGUCCGUCUCCGACGACGGCGCCGCGAUCGACCGCGAGCUCGCGGCGCACCACGCGAGGCUGCGUCAGGAUCACGCGGCGUGGGAGGGUAUCCCGAUCGACGAGCUGAAGAAUCACGGCGCGUCGACGCAGAUGGUCAACGUGUUGAAGAAAGCAGGCGUGACCACCGUGCAACAAGUCCUGAGGUGUUACCCACGAAAGUACCAAGAGUACGCCCGCUGGCGCGGCGACAUGGAGCUGGGGACGUCCGUCUUAGUGCAAGGCACGGUCGUGAGCUACCUGAAAGGGAACGCGGGGGGUCGGUGGGGGGGAUACAAACAGCCCGCGACGCUCGCGAUCGAAACCGAGGACGGCGUCGGCGGCGUCGCGACGUUUGAAGCGCCGCUCUGGGCGUACGUCCCGCAGGAAUCAGAACGAAUGCUCGUCCCCGGCGCGUACGCGUGCGUCCGCGGCGUCUUCAGCGGAAAGAACGCGAAGCAGUACCUCACGCUCGACAGCCCAUCCCUCGCGAUGGACGUGCCCCCGCACGCGACCGUGGAGGUGUACUCGAAGUACCCGAAGAAGCACGACUUGGAGCCGCUGAAGUGGAGGGAGAUUCAAAAAGCCGCCGUCGCCGCGCUGAGAGCGAAUCUCCCCGCGGAUCCCUUGACCGUCGCGCUCGGGGUCGAGUCCACGGUGCUUCCCGAGCUGAAGCUCGUGUCGCACCUCGAGGCGAUGACGCACAUACACAGGGGCGAGUCGGUGGAGAUGGUCGCGGCGGCGCGCGAGAGGAUCGCGUUCGAGGAGCUGUUGGAGCUACAGACGGAGCUGUUGCUCAAGCGGGUCGAAGCGCAAAAGAGCGGCGGCGAGGGGUUAUCCAUCGUGUCCACGCGGCUCUGCGACGAGCUCCGAAGCGUCCUGGACUUCUCUCUGACCGGCGGUCAAGAGCAAGCGAUGGAGGAGAUCUUACACGACAUGGCGGGCACGAGCCCGAUGCUGCGGAUGUUGCAAGGCGACGUCGGGUGCGGGAAAACCGUCGUCGCCGCGCUCGCGAUUCUCGCCGCCGUCGGCAACGGGCACCAGGGCGCGUUCAUGGCGCCGACGGAGGUUCUCGCGACGCAGCACGAGCGGACGUUCGCGGAGAUCUUCUCUCGGCUCGCGAAGCCCCCGAAGAUCGUCUUGUUGACCGGCAGCACGCCGAAGAGGGCGAGGGACGCCGCGCUCGCGGACAUCGAGAGCGGCGCCGCGGACAUCGUCAUCGGCACGCACGCGCUCGUUCACGACGCCGUGAAGUUCAAGUCCUUGGGGCUCGCCGUGGUGGACGAACAGCACAAGUUUGGCGUGGAUCAGAGAGCGAUGCUCCUGCAGAAAGGGCCCGUCGUCGGGCAUCUGUUCGAGGACGCGAAGCCCGCGAAGCCCGCGAAGCCCGCGAAGCCAAUGGACGCCGACGCGGAGGAUCGGUCGCUGUGGGAAGAAGUCGGCGGCGUCGACGACUCAGGCGAAGAGAAGGAGAAGAAGAAGAAGACGGGCAAAAAAUCCGCCGCCGCCGCGGCGGCACCGGAACCCGAGCGGUCGAAGGACGGGAUUGUGGAGUGGCGGCAGAUGCCGCACAUGCUCACGAUGACCGCGACGCCGAUUCCGCGGACGCUCGCGAUGUGCGAACACGGAGAGAUGGCCAUCUCUUGCAUCGACGAGAAGCCCGCGGGUCGUCUGCCGAUAUUCACGAAGAUCCUCAUGAGCAAAGACCACCACAUCGCGUACGAUAAGUACAUGGUCGACGCCGUGAAGUCGGGCUCGCAGUGUUACAUCAUCUUGCCGCUCGUGGAGGAGAGCAAGGCGGAGAGGAUGGAGCGGUUCAAGUCCGCGGAGGAGGAGCACAAGAGGCUCGUGGAAAAAUACCCCGAGGUGACGUUUGGGAUUCUUCACGGGAAGCAAAGCAGCGACGAGAAAGCCACGGCGUUGAAGGACUUCAAGGACGGUAAGACGCAAGUCUUAGUCGCGACGACCGUCAUCGAAGUCGGCGUGGACGUCCCGAACGCGUCUCUGAUCAUCAUCGAAGACGCGGACCGUUUCGGCGUCGCUCAGUUGCAUCAGAUGAGAGGCAGAGUCGGCCGCGGGAAGACCGCGUCGUCGUGCUUCCUUCUCCUCGGCGACGAGGCCGGGUACCCGGCGCAGCAGCGCAUGAAAGUUUUGGAGCAGAGCAACAACGGGUUUAAAGUCGCGGAGAGCGAUUUACGGAACCGCGGCCCCGGGGACUUGACGGGGACGCGGCAGAGCGGCCACAAGGACACGCUGUGUCUCGCGAGAGUGGAGACGGAUUUGGCGCUCGUCGAGGCGGCGCGCAGAGCCGCGGCGGAGACGAUCGCGCGCGCGAACGUCCGCGGGGAGUCGCUCCCCGCGCCGCUCGCGGUCAGGAUCAUGGACAGACCUCCCGCUCUCGACCUCAACGCGUGA